AACAAGUUAACUUGAUUUUUUGCGGUGUUUGUGUUGCUUUAUCUUUCCAUUACAUUAUUCGUACUUUUGAAAAAACGAAAUAAAAUAAAAUAUAAAAAUAUAAAAAAGAAAAUGGAAAAUAAGGAGAAAUAUGAUCAUAACAAAACCAAAGGUGUGGAGAUAAUUUUAUGUAAUUAAGCGACAGUGAGACAAAAGAAAAUAAAUAAAUUAAUCUAAUUUUGACCUUCAAAUAUUUGUGCAAGUUCGUGGAAAGUUAAAAUGGUUUGAAAGAACCAAGAAGGGGAAGAAAAAUUGAUUUAUUUGAGAACAUCGUAUUUAUGGUUCGGUUUAGUUGAAAUUCGGGACACGAGUGGCUUUUUCACCAGAUACUAAAGCCAGAUACUUAAACUAGCUACUCUGCUUUAUAGGAAAUCAACUGAGGAGUGCAAGUUUGCUUAAACUUGCAGGAAAAUUUCUCUCAUCUACGGAAAACGGACCAGGAACCCAUCCAUUUGUUAGUUGAAAAAUUUUCCCCUGGAGUAGAUUUUUUGCAAAUCUACCAUUUUUGUAAAAUUAUCAAUUUUCUAUAGAUUAAAAUUUUUUACUUAUCGCAGAUCAACGAAGUAUUUAGGAUACAACCUUUUAUAAAAUAUAUACUAAAGGGAUACUUUUUUAUAUAAAUACCGUUGGCAAAUACUUUUAAAUUAAAUGCAAUUACGAUUUAAAAAAAAACAAUCUAAUCCCGCUUGGUGGGUCAUCCUGUUGUUGACCUACUAGGGCAGAUGCACGACUUAAUAAUCUUGCAAAUAUUGUCUAAUCUUGAGGGGUAGGAAGGAGAAGAUGUUUAGGAGUAGGGAAGAUAAUGUUUGUUAAUACCCUUGAAAGUACUCAUGGAGCCGUUUGGCUCUUAAUGGAGUUCCAGGUGAACUCUUUUAGGAAAAAUUUAAGGGGGUGCGGAGUGAUCAUUCCUCCUUUUACACUAUGAAUUUAUUAGGUGGACCUCAGAGGCGAGAAUUUUGUAGAUGGUGCGGGGGACCGUUCCUUGAGUGGAACAACUGCAACUAAUUCGGUUUAACGCCAGAUAGAAACUAGCUCCAUGAAAAUACUUACAACACUUUAGAAGAGAUACUCCCCCUUUAAUGACAGUCACUGCCCAUGAAUUAAAGAUAGCAAUUUGAAGGCAUUCACCAGGAAUAUCGUUCCUUAAUUGGGAAGGUCCCGCUACCUAGCUGGUUAAUGUCCUCGCCGAAUUAGAGGUUGACAUCACCACAGUGCAAGAAGGUCAAUAGAUGGAACGAAGGCAGAAGCGAGUAGGCCAUAUAAAGGACAUCCAGUGGACUACGGACUCGCCAUAAUUCGCAACAAAACGCUGAUUUGCGCCCAUGUUCGAUGGAAGAAAAGGACAAUAUGUUAAUCGUGCUUCGCAAAUUUAACGCCAGGGUUGCCAAAGAGGGUACUUUUGGCACAACUAUCGGAAAAUUUAGCCUACACCACGAAAAAGCCCGAAAUGGGUUGAUCCUGACCAACUUUGCCGGGUUGGGCAAAAUAAAUUUGUUGUAGUAUUAGAUUGCAACACAAGAAAAUUUAUUAAACUACUUGGUAGUCCUCUGAUCUGUGUUCCUGACGGACGUACACUCCGAGAACCCAACAUCGACUUGCAUCAACAAGGACAAGCACCCAUCUUUGCUAAGCGGUUUCUACUCGACUUACACUCUCAGCAACUUGGCAUAAGAGAACUGUGGGACGGCAUUUCAAGCUCCCUACGUACAGCUGCAACGAAAUCAUUGGAUUUCGAAAAGGCCACAAAACCAGCUGGUAUUGCGUAUCGAAGUGGCGAGAAAACCGACUGUCUACCUCGCAACCUCAUUGUGAACUGUGUGUUGGUUUGUUGACUGCGCAAUGUCUUUAUUCUGCUACCGAGCAGGGAAUAGAUGACGUGCAAGUACCUCUUUAGAUCAAGAGCAUAUUAAAAAACUACAUAUUUUAUAAUAUAUUAGAGGAUAAUUAUUUGGCAAUCCAUAACAACAUAAGAACGGCACCACGCAUCGGCACGCGACACAUACAAUGUUUACUGAUAUUCUUCGGCCUCUCCGCUGCGCUCAUGCAGCGCGUGAAUCUCUCUGUUGCUAUCGUUGCUAUGAUGGACAAGAAUUCAGCAAACCCAGAUUUUGAGGAGUACGUUUGGUCCGAGAAGACCAAGUCCUACGUGCUCAGCAGUUUCUUUUGGGCUUACUUUACCACACAAAUACCAGGCAGUCAGUUGGCGCACAAAUAUGGUGGCAAAAUAAUGUUGUUUUGCGGAAUUUUCUUUAGCGGCCUCUUAACUCUGCUCACGCCGCUCAGCGUGCGCAUUGGUGAUUGGAAACUACUCUGUGCGUUGCGCUUGUGCCAAGGUCUCUUUCAGGGUUGCGUUUACUCAUCUAUACAUACAUUGCUCUCGAAGUGGGUGCCACCUGAGGAGCGUGGCUCUCUGGGUACUUUCUGCUACACUGGCAUACCAUUUGGCAGUGUGCUGAUGUUGUUGUGCAGCGGUUGGAUUGCAUCUUCCUCUUACGGCUGGCCGGGCAUAUUUUAUUUCUCCGGCAUGUUGAGUUUAAUUUGGUGCUUGGCUUGGUUUUUCUUUGGCGCGAGCUCACCUAGCGAUUGUAAAUGGUUGUCGACGGCGGAGAAAUUGUUUAUCGAAGGAGCUCUGGUAACAUCCGCUCAACCGGAGCAUGCGCACACACCUACAAAGACACCGUGGGCGAAGAUACUCACUUCCGUACCCUUUUGGGUGCUGUUGGUGGCACAAAGCGCUUACGCAUGGGGCUUUUGGACUUUGCUUACACAAAUACCAUCGUAUAUGAAGAGCAUACUCGGGCAGGAUAUUAAGAGCAAUGCGCUGAAGUCUUCUGCACCGUUUUUGGCGAACAUGUUCCUGACAUUGGUCUUUUGUGUUUUAGCGAAUUUCCUUAUUAAACGCGGUUAUACCAGCGUCAACGCCAGUCGCAAACUAUUCAACACCAUUGGAUUCUGGGUGCCCAUAGUGCCACUCAUUCUACUUGGUUACAUGCGCGCCGAUCAAAGUGAGUUGGCAGUGAUCAUGCUGGUGAUUGCUGUUGGCGUCAACACCGCUGGUUCCUUGGGCUUCCUAGUCAAUCAUAUUGAUUUGUCGCCCAACUUUGGCGGCAUACUGAUGGGUAUGGCCAAUUGUGCAGCGAAUAUUAUGAGCUUACUAGCGCCGCUGAGUGUGGGCUGUAUUGUCACUGAUGCGAAAAAUGUUCAUCAGUGGCGUGUGGUCUUCUAUAUUACUGGCGCCAUGUACUUUAUUGGCAAUCUCUUGUUUAUUUUCUUCGGCCAGACUAAAAUCCAGCCCUGGAACUAUCCUAAAAGACAGCUGGACGAACGUUAUCACAUCAAAUUUGAAACAAUUAAAAUCGAAAACGAAUGCCAAAGAAAUACUUAGCAGUUAGUUUAAAAAUCAUUUAAGUUUUUUGAAUCCGAAAUAAAUUUAUGGUAUUUGUAGAUUUUCAUCUAAUUUUCUUGGUGAAAGAUCUGAGCGAA